ACCGCCCCCACAGCUGGUGUCCAUGCCCAGCGACACCCUGAAUUUCUUCACCAACACCCUGCAAGGGAUCCAAAACCAGCUGUCUGUCCUCAACUUCCAGGUGGGUGAUCUCGCCACGCGUGUGGCUGUCAUCGACGGCCGGGAAUUGGCUUCGGGCCAGCACCUUCCCCAGAUUGCGCUGCCAGGGUUUGGCUCCAUGCCCGCCCUGACUGCGCCCUCCGCGUCGACACCCCAUGUGCCAGCGGCAUCUUCGGCGCCCGCGUCGACACCCCAUGUGCCAGCGGCAUCUUCGGCGCCCGCAGCAACAACAAUGGGUUCCCUGUCCUUUGGCUCGGUGCAGCCGACGUCCGCUGCACUAACAGCGGGGGUGCCAAUCAAUCAGAUCCGCUUCCCGGCUUCACCGUCUCCGAUCCCUUCACUGGAGACAAUCCUGAGGGGCGCACCAGCCAUGUCCUCAGCUCCGAUGGCAUCACCGUCACCACAUGUCAGCGUGUCCCCGGCACCGGAUGGUCACGUCGUCCCCAAGUACCACAAGCUUACGUUUCCCACCUUUGAUGGCAAGGAGGACCCGCUGGGGUGGCUGAACAAGUGUGAACAAUUUUUCAAUGGGCACCAGACGCGCCACACCGACCGAGUCUGGCUUGCAUCUUAUCACCUCACCGGGGUUGCCCAGCAGUGGUACCUCGUCCUUGAGGCUGACUCCGGUCGUCCACAGUGGGAGGAGUUCCGCACGUUGUGCCAUCAACGCUUCGGGCCGCCCCUCAGCACCAACCAUCUCUCAGAUCUCGCGCGCCUACCUUUCACCUCCACGGUGGAUGCCUACAUGGAGGCGUUCCAGGCUCGCGCAGCCCACGCCGGGCGUCUCUCUCCGGGCCAGAAGGCCAAGCUGUUCACUGGAGGCCUGCCCCAUCACAUCCGCGUCGAUGUCGAGCUCCACGACCCGCAGGACCUGCAGCGUGCCAUGUACUUGGCCCGCGCCUAUGAACGCCGGAACACACCGGCGCCCCUUGCCCUGCCGGCACCCCCGCGCCGCCGACCGACCAGCACCACUUCGACGCCGGCUGGCGCGGUGACCCAGGCGGAGAGCUCCUCAUCCUCAGCACCGCCGCGCCUCUUCAAGCGGCUCACCCCAGAUGAGAUGGCCGAGCGCCGAAAGCAAGGCCUUUGCUACAACUGUGAUGAGCCGUACGUCCGUGGCCACAAGUGUGCUCGGCUGUUCUUCCUGGAGGUCACCGAUUAUAUUGUGGAGGAGCCUGAAGAUACGGACAGCGGCAGUACGCAGCCGGCUGAGGACGCGCCCUAUGACACCGACAAGCCCCUGAUCUCCCUGUCCGCGAUCACCGGCAUUCGAGCGCACGAGACGAUGCAGCUCCGCGUACAUGUGGGUCCGCACGAGCUGACUGCGCUGCUGGAUUCGGGAUCCACUCACAACUUCAUCAGCAGCGCCGCAGCCCACCGCGCAGGUCUCCACUUCCAGGACAGCGAGGGGGCUCACGUCACGGUCGCCAACGGUGACCGCGUCCUGUGUCGCGGCCUCGCUCGCGGAGUCAACCUCCAGAUCGGCAUGGAGGUCUUCAAGGUCGAUUGCUACGCCAUUCCGCUGGACUCCUGUGACAUGGUCCUUGGCAUCGCCUGGCUACGCACACUCGGACCCAUCUUGUGGGACUUCGACAACCUGCGCAUGGAGUUCUCUCUACACGGCCGCCGAGUACAAUGGCGCGGCGAAGGGACGCCAUGCUCAGCAGCAGUACCAGCAGCAUCGGCCCCCAACACCCAGAGCCUGCAGAUCUUCUCGGCCAAGGGGACCGAGCCGGCCCUCCUCGAGCGCCUGCUGGACGCAUACGCUGACGUGUUCGCAGAGCCGGACGGGCUGCCACCAGCCCGCGACUGUGACCAUCGGAUCCACCUCAAGCCGGCCACGGAGCCCGUGGCGGUGCGCCCGUACCGCUACCCGCAGCUCCAAAAAGACGAGCUCGAACGCCAGUGCGACGCAAUGCUGCAGCAGGGCACGAUCCGUGCCAGCACCUCCCCGUUCUCAGCACCAGUUCUGCUGGUCAAGAAACAAGAUGGCUCGUGGCGCUUCUGCGUGGACUACCGCGCGCUCAACUCAGCCACCGUGAAGGACAAAUUUCCCAUACCAGUGGUCGAGGAACUUUUGGAUGAACUCCGUGGUGCUCGCUUCUUUACGAAGUUGGAUCUCCGCUCCGGGUACCACCAGAUUCGUGUACAUCCUGAUGACGUGGCCAAAACGGCGUUCCGAACCCACCACGGCCACUUUGAGUUCCUGGUCAUGCCGUUCGUCCUCUCCAACGCGCCGUCGACAUUCCAGGCCCUCAUGAACACGGUGCUGAAGCCCUUUCUUCGCCGAUGCGUGUUGGUGUUCUUCGACGACAUCCUGAUUUACAGCGCCACGUGGACUGAACACCUCCUCUAG